ACGUUCGUAAUUGCCAUUCGCUGAUCGCUGCCGUCGUUCCUUACGCGUUUCAAACGGAAUUCCGCUUAAUAUUUUUACCAUUAACUCAAACCUUGGCUCAAAAGAGAAAAUAAACAUAUAAUUAAGAAUUCAAAAAAGUCACACACAUGCACACGUACAUAUGAUUUAAGUGAUCGAUAAGUGAAAAGUGAAUUGAGAUUUCUUUUUAUGUAAAUGUGCACAUUUUUUGAAUUGUUUACAUUUAUAAUAUAAAGGCAAUUUGAGAAAAGCAUUCGUGGAGAGCUGCCCCUUCGGUUGUAACGUUGUGUUCUGUCUUCUUGGAAAUAGCUAUCUGCUGUACAACAAAUACGCGCAUUACCCAAAAUGGCAUACCGGUGCUUUUGGAGAAGCAUAACCAAUAUGAAGUUGGCUAUUGUUAUAAUUGCUUUAAGCAUGCACGUUGCAAGUGCGGCACUUUGGUCAAAUUACGAUUCUGAAAAGGCCGAGAAAUGUACUGGCGGUGCGGGGUUAAAAUAUUUGUCCGGCGAUGCGUUAAUUGAUUCUCCCAAUUGUCUGGGGCCGAACAACUCGCCCUAUCCAAGUGCGGCUGUGGCACGAACCUUCUCGAAUUGGAACGGUAACUCCAGGCGUGGGCGUCAAAGUAAAUUCCCCUCAACGCUGGAUCCUGCGAUAACAACGAAUGCUUUACUACGUGCCUAUGACGAAGUCAAUAAUGAUCUUCCCACCAACAACCGUUUUGGUCGCUCUUUGUCAAAUGCACCUGUCAGUCAAUGCAGAGAAACACCAUCUAGGCUGUGCAAAACACGCUACAAUACGACGGCGCCAAUGUAUGGAGUCAGUUUGACAUCUGGACAGCCUGUUACCAUUGUUCAAAAGUUCCCUGAUCUGUUACAACAAGUCGUAUUCGAAGUUUGCGAAUCGGGUGAAUGUGACGUUGUACGUGGUGAAUGCACUCAGACAUAUGUGCCGUAUCUGUUUCUUGUAAUUCCGUUGGGUCCAGUCACACUGACUGGUCAGGACUACGUAUUGGUUGAGAGCGGGUGUGUAUGCAAACCCAAAUAUUCUACGGGGGCAGCGCAGGAGCCAAAUAUGAUACCUUAGUUUAUUUCCAGAACCAAAUAAAAGUUUAAUUUGUUAAUAUCUGAUAUACUGCUACACAACUACAUAUAAAGUAAACUGUUUAAAAUGGACAUUUGUACGCAUAAAUGAUGUAACUUUUCGCUGUAUUAUAUUUGCUACGAAUGCCCAUUUUUACUCUAAAUACGAUCGAUUCAACAAGUUUUCUCUGUUGAAUUUACAGUUAUUAAUAUACAAACAUAUU